AUGCUGGGUUUGGAAGUUGGAAAGACCAACAUUAUAUUCAACGGUCAGUUGAAGCUCAGUCUUCAGACGGGUACCAAUGGCAACAAAACACUUUGGUUCGACGUUCCGGAGAACCAGGCAAACAUCACCAAUGUAAGCGCGGUCAUGGACGACGCGUACUACACGGCGGAGAUAAUUAUCGGCGCCAUCACCAUCGCCCUUUCAGUAAUCUGGCUCGGCGGCGUCAUCGGUAAGAGUAUAGCGUCCAGAGCAGCAACCAGAACAUUGAAGGAAGCUGGGGCAGUGGAAGCCACGGCCUCCGCUAGCGAGAUCAGGCUUGCCUUCCAGGAUAUCCUUAAAAGCCCACCAGCCAAGCGAGCUUUCAUUGGAGAGGCCGGCGCUGAUGCUCUGGAGAUGCUGAGCAAAGCUGUAAUCAACGUCAAAAGAGCCAAUAUGUGGGCUUCGGUCGCGAAAUGGAGUGGUACUUUGGCUGCACUUACUGGUCUUGCGGAUGGAACGCUGAUAACGCUUGGAGCUGUGCUUGAGCAGGCAGCCCAGCACAAAUGGGAGACAACGCCAGCCUUUGGAGGUUUUGCCAAUCGCACUAUCGCUCCAUACACGUUUGGCGGGUUGAAGACUUUCAAAGUCGAGACCGCUUCGCUUGCGGGGUCUCUGCAGAUUGGUUUCAAAGCAGCGGCAUAG